AUGGAACGAGAGGUAGACCUUUUGAUCGCCGGCGCAGGACCUGCUGGGUCAGUAUCUCUGGGUUUCUCACAUGAUUUUGCUUCUUCUGACUUUCCGUGGCCUCAUGGCUGCGCCGCGUGGGCUGCAAAGUACAAUUUCAAAACCCUUGUGAUUGACAAGCGAGGGGACAAGAUUAAACACGGCCACGCCGAUGGUCUUCAGUGCCGCACCUUGGAGAUUCUGCAUGGCUUUGGUAUCGGACAUCGACUGUACCGCGAGGCAAACAGACUGCAGGAAGUGUGUUUCUGGAACCCAGAUGCAGACGGGCGUGUGCGCAGGACUGAUCGGUCUGUCGACACAACCCCAGAAAUCAGCAGAUUCCAACAGAGUGUCAUCCACCAGAGUCAUAUUGAGGACUGUUUUCUCGAAUACAUCCACCUGACUAGUCAGCAUGUGAUUAUCCAGCGGCCGGCGGAACCCACUCAAUUGGAGAUCGACGCUUCGCAGGUAGACGUGGAUGACAGCUAUCCUGUCACGGUCUACCUUCAAACAAGCAUAUGA